GUUUUCAUUGCUGCUGGAAGUGUGGGAGAAAUGGGAUGUGAAGGGAAUGGUUCUUUUUAGUCUCACCUUACAAAUCAUCCUCUCUGUCUUAGGUAGGCAUAGAAAAUACAAAAUUAACCAUUUCUUCAAAGCCAUUCUAUGGUUUGCCUACUUUGGUGCCGAUUGGAUUGCCAUUGCUACUUUGGGCAAACUUUCUGGCUCCUAUGCAGAAUCUACCACCACUAAUGUCUUUAGAGCAUAUUGGGCUCCUUUACUCUUGGUACAUCUUGGUGGCCCCGACACCAUCACAGCUUAUGCUUUUGAAGACAACAAGCUUUGGAUUAGGCACCUUGUCAUCCUUGUUGUCAAAGUCAUUUUUGUCAUUUACGUCGUCUGUUUGUCGUGGACCUUUUCUUGGCUCUCCUUUUUGACUCUCCCUCUCAUCUUAGUUGGAAUUAUUAAGCAUGUAGAGAAGAUAUUGUGUCUUAAGCUGAAUAACUCACAGAAAACAAAACCAAUCAUUUCUAAUAUGUUUAAUCUUCGAGGUCAUUCUAACCCCGAUCAGAAUCAAGCCCUUCAUCACCUUCAGGAAGGAAACCCAUACAUUUUGGGAGGUUAUCUCUUAUUUACAAUUAUGAGACCUGAUGUCAAUGAUUAUUUCUCCUCCAAAAAUCUUUCCGAUGUUGGAACAAGGAUCAAAGCUUAUCUCAGGGAAACAACAGGUGUAGAUAGUAUAAGGGCUUUCAACUUUGCAAGCGAAUAUUAUUUUCUAGAAGUUGGAGAAAACCCUUUGGAAAUAUUUUCUAUUCAACUAGGAUUCAUGUUUGAUGUUGUUUACACCAAAGCUAGUUUGAUUUACACCAAGUUAGGAUGCUUCUUGCGCCUCACCAGUUUCACUAGCUCUUUCUCAGUUCUGGUGCUCUUCUUUAUCAACAUCAUUAAUGAGCCAAAAUCCCAUGGCUCAAGAAUUGAUAUUGCCAUAACUGGCAUCUUAUUGAGUGGAGCUAUUGCACAAGAACUUUAUGCAGCGUGGGUAAUGCUUUCUUCUGAUUGGGCAGUUCUUGUUGCGGAAUUUCAUCAUAAUGUGUUGGUACGCAAAAUGUUUAAGGUCUCCUCAAAGUACUUCCCUUACUUAUUGCAUCAAAGUAAAAGGUGGUCAAAUAAAAUCGGUCAAUUUGAUUUGUUGGAAUAUUGUUGGCGUUACAAGAAAAGAAAGGCAAACCAAUCAGAUGACUUUCUACAGAAGAUCACCAUUGGCAAUGAAAUUGCUGAAAUGUGGCACAAAUGGAAGCUUACUAAAUUUGUGGAUGUUUCACCUUUUGGGCAACAAUUAAUAAAUUACGUUCACCUCUUGAUUUUAGCCAAUGGGAUUAACCCCUCCAAGAUAACAAGAGGAGAAGAGGCAUUGCGGAUACAUCAACAAUUUGAUCAACUAAAAUGGAGCACUGAAUUAGAGAUUGAUCACAGCAUCAUAAUAUGGCAUCUUGCCACAAGUGUUUGCUACUUACAAGAGAAUAAUCAUGAUGAUGAAGCCAUGAAAAUUAGUAAACAUUUAUCAGAUUACAUGAUGUAUCUACUGGCCAUGUGUCCUGCCUUGCUAUUGUCCGAGCAUAGUAAGAGUUUUUGGCUUGAUCAUGCUUAUGGCAACCUUAAAGAACUUUUGCCUCGUGCAACUGAUACUGGGAAUGCUGCUUCCGCAUUACUUUCCAUUCCAGAUGAUGUUCAUGACAAGGAGCCUAGGGAGAGAACUUUUGAAGACCUAAGAGGAGACGUGUUGAAACUAGCCACAAUUAUAAACCAAUCAAAUAAUAAAUGGGAGAUGAUUAGGGAUGUCUGGAUGGAGAUGCUUUCCUAUGCAGCAGUUUCAACUCAGCACAUUAAUCACGUUAAGCAGCUAGGAGAAGGCAUUGAAUUCCUCUCAUUCAUCUGGCUUGUCGUAGGCCUUGGCAUUAUCGGUAAGGUCCUUUGAAAUGGAGUAGUGUGACCAACAUCUGCAAGCUUGGCGGCCUUAUGUCUCAUGUUUGAAUUACAUACUUCAAGAACUGGCAACGCAAUUUAUGUCACUUCCUAAAUAAAUUUGUAUUUGGUAUUUGUUGUGAACUUUGAUAUGUAUAAAUUAAACUACUUUUU